AUGGCAUCCGCGACGACGUCGCACAAUGAGGUUUCGCAGGAAUUUUCUGUCAACAAACUUAUUCGUGUCGGUUAUUACGAAUUGGAAAAAACUAUUGGCAAGGGAAAUUUUGCUGUUGUUAAAAUGGCCACCCACGUUGUAACUAAAUCGAAGGUUGCUAUUAAAAUAAUAGAUAAAACAAAAUUAAAUGAAGAAAAUUUAGCUAAAAUAUUUCGUGAAGUACAUAUAAUGAAACGAUUAAGGCAUCCACAUAUUAUAAGAUUAUACCAAGUAAUGGAAACAGAGAAGAUGAUUUAUUUAGUUACUGAAUAUGCUCCUGGAGGAGAAAUAUUUGACCAUCUUGUGCGAAAUGGUAGAAUGCCAGAACCAGAAGCAAGGAGAAUUUUUCGUCAAAUUGUUCUUGCUGUUCGUUAUCUUCACCAACAAAGAGUUGUUCACCGAGAUCUUAAGGCUGAGAAUUUACUACUUGAUGCAGACAAUAAUAUAAAACUUGCAGACUUUGGAUUUAGUAAUGAAUAUACUCCAGGUGUUCCACUUAGCACUUGGUGUGGAUCACCACCAUAUGCUGCUCCGGAAAUUUUUGAAGGAAAACAUUAUGAUGGCCCAAGAGCUGAUGUUUGGAGUCUUGGUGUUGUUUUGUAUGUAUUGGUUUGUGGUGCAUUGCCAUUUGAUGGACCCACAAUGCAGUUAUUACGUUCUGUAGUAAUCUCAGGGAAAUUCAGAAUACCAUUUUUUAUGUCUGCAGAAUGUGAAAAACUGAUUAGACAUAUGUUGGUAGUGGAACCAGAACGACGUUUAAGUAUUUCACAAAUUUUAGCACACUCUUGGAUGGGUGGAGAUGGUGUAACAGAACCUGAACCAGGAGGGUGUAGUCCUGAAAAUGUGCCACCACAGUUAAACCAGGUAGUAAUAGAAAAUAUGUUAAGAUUACCAGGACUUAGUGCAGAAACAUUACUGAAAGCAGUUCAAGGAAAUGCUUUUGAUCAUGUAUCAGCAAUAUAUAAUCUUCUUGUUGACCGAUUAGAACCAACAAUGCCUAGUUUACCUAGUAUUCAAAGUAUACCUGGAGAUUAUGCUCCUGAUGGAGCACAUCAGUUGGAAAAGUUUGGUGAUACGGAAGCGGAAACAGAAGAAAGAAGUGGAAUGCAACUUACACCUGGCACAUCUUAUCACACAACAAGAAGGCACACAGUUGGACCUGGUGAUACUGCACAUCAGCCACCAACACCAUAUCCUUAUAAUUACAAUCAUACAUCAGGCGACCCGGCAUUGCGACUUCUUCCUAUAUUACAGUGUAAUAAUACUGAUCCUCAAGUGUUACCUCAUACAAAUCUGCCAUUGAACCUUCCCUUGGUUCAACAUCAACCUCCUCAGAACUUUCAAAUCAAAGAUCAACAUCUGUUAAAACCUCCUCCUGUUAUGGGAGCCACGGGAAGUUUUGGAAGAAGAGCUUCAGACGGUGGAGCUAAUCUUCAUGUGUUCUAUCAACAACAUGGUAGUAAUUCUGGUGGUACAGAAGAUGGUGGAUGGAGUCAACCUGGCAGUAGAGAGCAUUUACAACCUAUACCAAGUGGAAGUCCAACACUAGUACCAUGCACUCAGUCAUUAAAUGUAGGGGUUAAUAGUGGAAAUGGAGAUGCAAAUGGCAAUAAUAGUGGAAGUGGAAGUGGAGGAAGUGAUAGAAAAAGACGAAGUGGUCUUACUGCCGUCAUGCAAAGACCAGUUAUAAAUCCGGAAAUGGUAAUGGAGGUGGAAGCUAGGAUGAAUAGAGCUUACCUCCCAUCACGGCUGUUACCAACUCACCUUAGAGGAGCAACACUUCCACAUCAUAGGAAGACUUCUUUGUAUCAUACCAGCACUGUAGGUAAUAGAGAUUCAUACAAGGAACCGAGCACACACGUUUCUACAGAAAGAUACUCACCCGUUCGGAGAGCAUCCGAAGGUUCUGGUCCACCUGGACCUGGAAUUCAGGCACUUCAACAAGAAUAUCAGCAAUUGCAGAGGUUAGCGUCUCCAUCACAUAGUCCUGCAAGUAUUCCAGGGUCUCCUGUGCAUGAAAGAGGAGUAGCAGCAAUUACACAAGGUUUAAGUGGAUUAACCACAGCAGCAAUACAAGGCAGUAUAGUUCAUGGUACACCAACACAACCACCGGCAACACCAUUGGAUUUGAGUCCGCUAAGGCAUCAUAGAUCACCAGCUACCACACCAGUCAGUUAUUCACCUAGUAACAGUCCAGCUUUAGAUAUGAUUCAGGAAGAACAUCCUGUGGAAAUACCAAGAGUACCGCCUCAGAUAUCUGUAACAGAUCUUGGAGGACAAGUAACUCUUAUUAGUUGUUCACCUUCGCCAUCUCCAUCGCCUGAUUCACUUGAAGACACGUUACCUCAUUACAGUCCUCUUCCCAGUUUCAUCAUCUCUGAACCGUGUGACCCAUCGAGACCCAGUAUCACACGUGGCAUCGGUAGGCCACUAAAUACAUCAAUACCUACAGAAGUUGAAGUCACUUUAUCGGAUGAAUCGAGUAGGUUAAAUUCUGAAGCUAUAUUAGGCCGUGUAAAACAAAUUAUAGAUGCAAGAGCCCCCCCAAAGGGAUUUGUCUUCUCUAGAGAAGAAGUGAAAGGUGGCGGGCUUAGUUUAGAAUACCCAGGUGGUGUUCAAAUUGAACUUAGAGUAUGUGAAUCCGAAGAAAAAGAAGUAAAAGGCAUUAAGAUGCGAAGAAUUAGUGGGGACCAAUUGCAGUACAGUCAACUUUGCCAGCAGCUGAUCUCGUGUAUUACCGUUUGACGACAACCAGCACAUAAUAUAAUAUUUUUCUUAUAUAUUACGUUACAUUCCUGGUGCCACA